AUGGACUUCCAGGUAUGGAAAGACUAUUUUCAGCUAGCCACAUUGGUCCAGGAAAUGGCUACUGAGCAAAGGAAGAAGCAUGCAAAGCAAUCUUGCCAUGGAAAAAGCAUGCUCUUUUUACCAGAUGAACCAUCAAAUUGCAGCAACAAGGAUCUCAGUUACACUGAAGUUCUCAAAACCAACCUACCCCACAUAACAAGCUCCUGUUGUGAAGCUAUUUUGCCAGAGGAGUGGUGCAACUUUUGCAAGCAUAAUGGAGAAUCUAGCACAAUCUACACAUCUCACUCCCUGAAGAACCAUGAGGGUAUCGUCGAGUGCCCAGUCCUGCGCAAUUAUGUUUGCCCACUGUGUGGUAGCACCGGUGAUUCUGCUCACACUCUGAAAUACUGCCCUCUGAACCAGGAGAAGAACUUCAUUUACAGAAAGUGCGGACGCAAUUCCGUCGGACGGAAAUACAAGCAAUAA